ACUCAUCUGCACUGUACGUGUGAUCGCAGCAGUCACCAUGAUUCAGACCCUGACCAUCGAGUGCCUCUGUCUCCUCGCCUUGGGGGCGCGUCUCGCACUGAUAGCGUACGGAGAAUGGCAGGACCGCACCAUGCUGGUCAAGUACACCGACGUGGACUACUACGUCUUCUCCGACGCUGCACAGUACAUCACUAACGGACAGUCCCCUUACAACCGGGCCACCUACCGAUACACCCCCCUACUGGCAUUAAUGUUGACUCCCAACAUCUACCUCACUCCAGUGUUCGGCAAGCUGCUCUUUGUUCUGAGUGACGUGAUAGCGGGGUACUUUAUGCACCAGAUUCUCCUGCUAAGGGGAGUGGAUGCUAACACGAGUAAGACAUGUGCAUCGGUGUGGCUCUUCAACCCCCUGCCUAUGGGAGUAUCCAGUAGAGGUAAUGCGGAGGCUCUCACCAUCAUGUUAGUCCUGGGAACGUUGUAUUUUAUCAUGAAGAAAUGCACAAAGACUGCCGCCAUCCUGUAUGCAGCUGCCGUCCACUUCAGGAUCUAUCCCGCGACGUACGCUCUUCCACUGUUCCUUCUCUUAGGCGAGGACUACACAGGACACAAGCAAGCCACCAAAACGAUGCUAGACUUUGUCAGGUCUUUAGUGAACCCGUCUAGAGUUCAGCUUGUACUCACAUCAGUUGUGACGUUCACCCUGCUGACAGGGUUGUGUUUUGUCAUGUACGGACAGGAGUUUGUUGAGGAGACGUAUCUGUACCACCUGACUAGGAGAGACAUCAGACACAACUUCUCCGUGUACUUCUACAUGUUGUACCUGUCGUCGGAGAGCGAGUGGUCCCUCGCGGUGGGGAUCGUGACGUUCCUGCCGCAGGUUGUCCUGUUGGUUGCGGUGUCGUGUUGGUUGUACAGGGACCUGCCGUUCUGCUGUUUCGUGCAGACGUUCCUGUUUGUUACCUUCAACAAAGUCUGUACAUCACAGUACUUCCUGUGGUACCUGAGCCUACUUCCUGUCGUCCUGCCCACCCUGAGGCUGCGGACACACCAUGUCGUUACCAUGGCAACCCUGUGGUUCCUGGGACAGGCCCUGUGGCUGAUGCCUGCCUACUACCUGGAGUUCCAGGGGCACAACACCUUCCUGUACAUAUGGGUGGCAGGAGUUUUAUUCUUUGGUAUUAAUCUGUGGAUUCUGGUUAAGCUGCUGAAUGCACACGUACACCAGCCUAUGUUUUACAAUGGGAAACUGGUCAAGUUGAAUAAGAAGGGUCAAUAGCUGAAUUGAUGUAGUAGAAGUUCCAGGGACAGAACACCUUCCUGUAAUCCUGUACAUAUGGGCUGCAGGGAUUCUGUUCUUUGGCAUCAAUGUGUGGAUUCUGGUUAAACUACUGAAUGCACACGUGCAUCAGCCCUUGUUUUACAAUGGGAAACUGGUCAAGUUGAACAUGAAGGAUCAGUAACUAGCUUGAUGAAGAUGUUCCAAGGACAGAACACUUCUUGUACAUAUGGGUGGCAGGGAUUCUGUUCUUUGGCAUCAAUGUGUUGAUUCUCGUUAAACUGCUGAAUGCACAUGUACACCAGCCCUUAUUUUCUAAUGGGAAACUGGUCAAAUUGAAUAUGAAGGAUCACUAACUUGAUGUUUAACUUUCAAUAGGCGGUGAACAAAAAGAGGAUAAACCAGAUCGUACACUAAGGCCACAGCAAUUAAAUUUUAUGGAUGACAUCGUCUGCAGAUGGCAAAAAUAGUGAGAUAGGGCAAAAAAAACAACGAUGGGUUAAAAAAAAACAAGAUGGCUAAAUUUUCUAAAUGUACGCACCAAAUGUAAAAAAAGAAUCGAAGCGACGAAACAUGGUAUCACAGCCUACAAGCCAGGCAUUCAUUUCUGUAUUCAAGACGUGAACUAGUGUAGCAAUGGUGACAUUAGUGUGGUAGACUGGUAUCACUUACCAACAUGGCAACAACACUCAUGGCUUCCAUAUUGGGGCCACUUUUACAACUAUCUAACUAAACUUUUAGUUUCACUUCUAUAACUACAUCCAUGACUACCUGGCUAGUGUCACUUCUACAAGUACAACCAUUA